GAUGUGUAUUUUUGUAUGCACAGCAAAGCCAAAGGCAACCACUUGGAAACCUCCUGCCUGCCUUUCCUUCGCUCUUCUCCCUUCUCUUCUCUUCCCUGCUUUUGGUCAUCCUCUCACACUUUCUUUCCCAUUUCCCUUUCCCUUUCCACAAUCCAUCUCCGCUUUUCCCCCAAAUCCGCAUUCAUCCCUCCGAUCCUUCUCAGAUUUCACUAGGUAAUUGUUCAUGUGGCGGUGCAUCUAGGCUUUUUUUCUUCUUCUUCUUGCCUGCAACUGUGGUUUGGUUGAGGUUUCCUGCGAGGAAUCCGCCGCCGCCCGCUUACCGAUUUCGCUUCCGAUCUGAUUUUCCUUUCGGUUCGGUCCUGUUUUUGGUUGUGUUGAUUUUUACUGGGGCAUUAAGUUCCUGACUCAUGUCAAUUCCAGGAAAUUCAGAGCGGCAGCCUGGGGCAACAUCUGGGCAUCCAGAUGAGCAACACCAGUCUUCUGUUCAUUUUUCCAGUGCAAUACCUAUUAAGAAAAGAAGAUUUCCCAUAAUCCAGCCAGGGUUGUCUUCUGCAGAAGAAAAGGCUUCUGAUUCGAGUUCGAAUGAUCCAAAGGACAAAAAGGAAUCAAGCCUACCUGGUGGAAACUUAUCCCUGAGUGAUGAGAGGCAUAAAGCUUCUUUGGGUAAUUCUGAUGCAAGCAAGACAUCUGCUUUCCUAGUUAAGAAAGAAGUAUUUACUCCAACAAAUUUGGAAUUGGGACAAACUAAUGCUGAUAUUCUUGCAUCCAAGCCUCGUGAGGCGAAACCGUUUGUUAGUUUAGGUUCGGUGAAUGAUUCGAGGAACAAAAGUGAUGUUAUCUCAACUGAAAAACAGACAGGGUCAGGAGUUCCGGGAAGCUCCGUUAGUGGUCAGACAACAAAUGUGAAGCAGGAAAUUGGUAGAGCACAGGUCGGAGAUGCACCUAGACUUGAACUGUCUAUGAGUUCAAUGAAUAUAGAAUUGUCACUGGGGCCAAGAGAACUGCCUUCUCCUGCUAGAUUUGAGAAAUCAGACCCUACAAUGUUGAGUUUGGCUCCAAUUGGAGAAAAUCAUUCUCUGCAUAGUAAUUAUAGUAAUACUACAGGCAGUGGAGUCCGUGUUAAUAGGUCGAGUUGGGAUCUAAAUACAAUUAUGGAUGCAUGGGAGGGUUCUGAUUCUGGUAUUGAAAAUUCCACUGCUCACCAGCAUGUUGAAAGCGACGAUUUGGGUAAGUCAAACAGAAGCAAUGAUGCGAAAUUGGUUUUGAAUGCUUCUGGCGCAUUUGGCCCUUAUUUGAAUAAAGGGAAACAUUGUGUGGAUGAUUGUAGAUCCACUUCUGUCGAUGCUUCUUUACAAAGUAGUCUCCACUCCAAGACUGAUGAUUCGCUUGGCCUCAAACUUGCCAUGCCAUUUAGGGAAUCAAUUGCGAAUACUGAUCGUCCAUCCCUGGCUAAACUAGCACCUACUAGGGUAAGUCCGCAGGUGAAUUUGCAACCCGUACGACUAACAGCUGUAAGUUUGAAUAGGGCAGUGAAAUCAGAGCCCAUUGAUGAUAACUCAAAGUGUGACUUUAGCAUAGGCAGUUGCAGUAGUGAUAAGGUGGGAUUAUCAAAGUUAAAUUCUGUGAAACUAGAGCCUCCGACAGCUAGUCCAGCGAAAUUAGUUGACAAUGUAUCGAUGAAAUCUGAAGCAGUUGAGGGUCAUUUCCGAGAAAAAAGUAAAGACAUUGUGCUACCGGAAUCUGUUGUCCAGGUUAUGCAACAUCAAGAGAGCUGUGCAUCUUCUUCUGUCGUUCCAGCACUAUCCAUGCCUGAGAAUUCGCGUCCUUCAACAGUGGCUGCUUCAUCAAAUCAUACUGAACAUGCAUACCCCAGUAAAGAAUCGUCACAGGAUCACAAUGAUAAAUCUGAGGAGCUAAAUGUUGGUAUGUUUUCUAAUUCUGUCAGCCAGGAUACGAAGAAAUCAAAUCCCGAAGCUUCUGGUAAAUCUGAAUUGGCUCCAUCAAAUGAUGUGACUGGAAAUGAUGAGGAGAAGUUUAAUAUUCCGGCUGAUAUACUCGAAGACGAUGCUUUUGGGUCCGAUUCUGAAUCACAGGAGAUGGACAUAGAUGACGAAAAUGGCAGCAACAAGGAAUACGAAGAAUACGAGGACGGUGAGGUUCGAGAUCCUUCACAAGAUUCGACAGGAGAAAAUCAGAAAGAGAAGACUGAGAAUGUGAAACUUGUCGAGCGAAUUUCUCGAAAUUCACAAGAUCCCGAUUCUGUCAGUGCUGAGAAUUCCAAUGCCAAGAAAGACUGCGGCGACAUGGUUAAAGAUCGAGUCAGCAUAUGCUAUGAACCUAAGAAUGAAGACUGCCCUUCUCAAAGUGUAUCAGACAAUGUGACUGAACUAAGAGUUGACGUGAAAUCCGUGAUUGCUGCCGAACCAGGUAAACGGCUCAAUGCUUCGGGGAAAAAGGCUGUUGAAAGAAGUGCCGAGAAAGAAGCAUUUAUUAAUUCACCGAAUAAAGGUAUUCAUGGGAUGAAGACAUCGGCUGCUGAUGAGACUGCCAACAAGGCAGCUAUUAAAGAGAUCUGCUCGGGCGAGAAUGACUCGACUUUGUCCAAAGAGGACACAUCAUUUAAUGACAACGAUACUACGAAAGAUUCUAACAAUAUAGGCAACAAGAGCCGUAUUAUAAACUUGUCUCGCACUUCGGUUGCGACUGCCCCUGCUAAAACAAGACCAAUAAUACCAAAUAGGUUGCCGACAUCAAGAAGUGGAAAAGAGAGAUACUCCGAUCCGGAUAUUGAGGGUGAUGCUCAACCACGAGCGAAUAAUAGAGAUGAAUUCUACAUGGGUGGUUCGAAGAAAUUUUUUAAAGAUAGGGUUCAUGAUCGGACAUUCCGGAAUUCGUUUAUGCGUGGAAAAGGAAGAACUUCCGGCCGGUUCGGCUCAUUGCGCAGGGAAUGGGACUCCGAUCACAGCUUUGUAUCUGAAAAUUACCGAGGUUCAUCUGAUAAUCGGCCCAUGAGACGUAAGCACACUUCUGCUGUUCCUAAUGACCUUGAUUACAAUGGCUAUGGAGUUCCACAUGAUGUUACAGCUUUGGGUAAUGGAAGAAGAAAAGAGGUUAGCGACGAAUUCUCUCCGCUUCGACGACCGUCGUUUAGGAGAUUUUCUCCCGGCGGAGGUAGUAGUAGGGAUGGUGCGGAUACGCGGGAUUUCCAAACGAUGCACCAAUUUUCUAGAAAUAUGGGGCCGGGUCAGUGUGUCGACGAUGGUUGUUCUGACAUGGUCGGAAUUCGGCACGACAAUAAGUUUAUGAGGCAUUUAUCCGAAGAUAUGAUUGAUCCCGUUUACGGUCGACAGCAAGAAGUGUACGAUGAACUCGACGACCAGCUUAUGCGAGGCAAUCGCAAUUUCCGAAACGGUUACCUUCGAAUAGGUUCAAAAUCUCCCGCUAGGUCCCGAACACGGUCGCCUGGGCCGUGGCUAUCUCCCCGCCGACGAUCUCCUAACGGGCCGCCUGCCGAAACGAUGUAUCGAAUGGGAAGGAUGAGAUCUCCGGAACAUGAUUGUUUUCACGAGGAUAUUAUCCCUAGACGUCGAGUUUCUCCGUAUAGGAACGUCGAUUCGGGACGAGAUCAUACUAAUCAUAGACCCAGGCGAACCCCGCCCGCCCGAGGUUUUCUUAGGCACGGCAGAAGGUCGGAUACGAUCGAUUCUCAUGGAAUGGGAGACGGCGGGAAGGAAUACAAGUUUCACGGCGGCGGCGACGGGAGCGCCGCCGACGAGAGGAGGAACUUUAUCGAGAGGCGGGGCCUGCCUGCCCGUCCGUUUCGCCCGAUGUACAGCGGCGAUAGCGACGAUUUCCAAUUUCAUCAGAGCAAUGGCCCGGCUAGACCGUAUCGAUUUUGUCCGCCGGACGCGGACGGUGAGUUUAUCGAAAGAAGCGGGAACGUGCGGGGUAGGGAAUUCGAGGGACGGCCGAGACGGGUUAGGAAUAUGGACGAGCAGGCGAUGGAACGAGGUUGGCAUGACGACGGGUAUGGUGGCGACGGGAGGAUGAAAAGGAUGCGAUUCUGAGAUACUUUCUUUCGAUCAUAGUCGACUUCUUCGCUCGAUGGAAUUUCUGAAUGCUAAUGACUUUUGCGAACCCGAUUAUUAUUGUUAUGUUAUGUGAUACUUUCGGAGACGCCGGAUGGUUGUAAAGUCGCGCGACAGUCGAUCGGCUCGAGGUUUGCAUACUAUUUUACUAAUAAUGUGCCGUAAUUAUUCGUAUUC